AUGUCUGAGAGCAUAAAGGUCAUUUGCCGUGUAAGACCACUCAAUGAUCUAGAAAAGGCGAACGACAGCAAGUUUGUUGUAUCUUUUCCUGGUGAUGGCAAAACGGCAAUAUCGAUUGGAGGCAAAAACUUUAACUUUGACCAUGUAGUACAACCUAAGGCAACCCAGUUAGAGGUCUACGAAAUUGUUGCCAAACCAAUUGUUGCAGAUGUUCUAAAUGGAUAUAACGGCACAAUUUUCGCCUACGGUCAGACAUCGAGUGGAAAAACAUUUACCAUGGAGGGGAUUUUAGGUGACCCAGUCUUUCAGGGUGUUAUCCCCCGGAUAAUACACGACAUAUUCAAUCACAUCUACCAAAUGGAUGAAAACCUUGAAUUCCAUAUCAAAGUUUCAUAUUUUGAAAUAUACAUGGAUAAGAUUCGCGAUUUGCUUGAUGUUUCAAAGACAAACCUACCUGUUCAUGAAGAUAAAGAUCGAGUGCCUUAUGUUAAAGGAGCCACAGAACGGUUUGUGUCCAGUCCUGAAGAAGUAUUUGACGUCAUUGAUGAGGGGAAAGCUAAUCGUCAUGUAGCCGUAACAAACAUGAACGAACAUAGUUCUCGAAGUCAUUCAGUAUUCAUGAUUACCGUUCGACAAGAAAAUUUAGAAACGCAGAAAAAACUCCAUGGAAAACUUUAUCUUGUUGAUUUGGCUGGUAGUGAGAAAGUUGCUAAAACAGGGGCUGAGGGUACUGUUUUGGAUGAAGCUAAAAAUAUCAACAAAUCAUUGUCUGCUCUCGGUAAUGUGAUCAAUGCACUUGUAGAAGGGAGCUCGCACGUUCCUUACCGUGAUUCUAAGUUGACGCGUAUUCUUCAAGAAUCUUGGGUGGUAAUGCACGGACAACAAUGGUGA